GUGCGUGUAUGUAGUACGCGUGUCUCUCCCGAAGACCAUCCCACUCGAGGCCCGGAUUGCAUGGCAGAGCAGGGGACUCGAUUGCUGUCAACACUGGCCAGAAGACGCCACGCUGGGGCAUCUACUUCUUUGUGAUGAAGGGGAAGUCGGAACUGGGAGCGCCUCUCGUACGCUGAAUGAACCCUGAGAGGGAGCGCGGAGGCCCGUGAGUGCCGGGAGCCGGUCGGAGCCAUGGAGCAGAACACCUUCUCCCGCAUCAGGCUGUGGUGUCCGCGGCCCUUCGGCACCUAUCUGCAGAACAAGCCCUGCUGUAUCGGCCUGAAGAAAAGCCCGGGCGACCCCAAGGUGAAGGAGGGCACGCCGGCCUGCUCGGAGAACACGCCGCCCGUCGUUCCCGGUGCCGGUGGGGGCAAUGGCCAGAGUGAGGGGCAGGGCGAGGAGGGCAGGGUCUUGCUGGACACCUGGUACGUCAUCAAGCCGGGCAACACCAAGGAAAAGAUCGCCUUCUUCGUGGCUCACCAGUGCGGAGGUGGUGGCAACAACGGCCGGAGCAACGCGGUCAAGGUGAAGGGAAGCUGGACAAUGGACGGGACGAAACCCAAGAGGAGGAGGAAGUCGCACGACUCCCCCAGGGAGGGGCCGAGGGAGCCUCCGGGCGAGGCGGAGCUGGUCUCGGUGGCCGAGAUGGUGGCCUUGGUAGAGCAGCGUUCCACUGCCACCACGUUGGCGGGACAGGAAGCCGAGGGCCCCUUGCCCCGGCAGGAGGAGGAGGGGGAGGAAGAGGAGGGGGAGGAGGAGGAGGAGGGGGAGGAGGAGGUGGAGGAAGCUGAGGGCGGGGGCGGGGGCAGCAGCCGGGUGGCGGAGGCGAUCGCCAGGAUUGAGUCAGCCCAGCGGGGGGCUGGGGCACGGAGACGCAACGGGCUGGCCCGAAGCGAGGAGCAGGGGGCCGCCAGGGCCGGAGGCGGGGACUUCAGCCCCCCCUGCCCCGCCGGGGAGGUCCGCAUCGCCUUUCGGGUGGCGGGCAGAGCCGGGGGAGGGGGUGGGCCCCGGCGCUCCGACGUGCCGGCCGGCAGUGUUUUCAUGAGCUGCAACCGGUCGGUGUGCGGCGGGGCGCUGGAGAAGAUCACCUGUGACCUCUACCAAAUCGUGGGGCCCUCCGCCUCCUCCUCCUCGUCCCCCACCUCGCCCCCCUCCACCACCUCGGCUCCUGCCGCCUUCCCACCUGCCCCGGCCCCACCCCUGCCGGACGUAGAAAUGGCAACGCCUUACCCGGUCGGGGACUCGGGCCGUGACGCCUCCCCGGACGCUGCCGCCGCCCCCUUCCCAUCCUCCCUGGAGAAAGGGGCGUCCCGAGACUGCCGCGCAGGCUUCCGGGUGGAGGUGGUGGUCACCGGCGGCGUGGACCAGUGCGUCGUCUUCGGCCGCGAGGGCCCCCCGGGCGACCGGGAGGACUCCCUGUGCGUGACGGUGGGACAGGACGCCAAGUGCCCAGGCUGCGAGGAGCCUCCCCCCGGGCAGCUCUUCUUCCUGCACUCCCUGGCCCAGGGCCCCGACUCCGAGCAGGGCCGGGCAGGCCAACCCCAGGAGGCCAAGGCCGGACCCCUCCGGAUCUGCGGCACCCAGGAGCCCGAGGACAAGAGCCCCUCGCAGCCAGACGAGUCGGAGGCCCCCCUCUACUGCCUGUACCGCCACGUCUCGCACGACUUCCUGGAGAUCCGCUUCAAGAUCCAGCGCCUCCUGGAACCCCGCCAGUACCUCCUCCUGCUGCCCGACCACGUGACGGUCAAGAUCCUCGGCUACCUGCCCACCCGCUCACUGGCCGCCCUAAAGUGCGCCUGCCACCACUUCAAGGGGGUCAUCGAAGCCUACGGGAUCCGUGCCGUCGACUCGCGCUGGAACCGGGACCCCCUCUACCGCGACGACCCCUGCAAGCAGUGCAAGAAGCACUACGAGAGGGGCGAUGUCUCCCUCUGCCGCUGGCACCCCAAACCUUACCACCAUGACUUGCCUUACGGACGAUCCUACUGGAUGUGCUGCCGCAGGAAAGACAGGGACACUCCCGGCUGCCGGGUCGGACUUCAUGACAAUAACUGGGUGCAGACCAGUGACACAGCAAAGAGGGAGGAGGGGAGGUAAAACGACAAAAAGAAAAGGAACUGGAGGGAACUUUUUUUUAAAAAAAACUUGCCCUCCCUCACCGUGCAGUCCUGUGAUUGAAUCUUCUGGCUUCUUGUGUCUGCUAGAGCUAUUUAAUUUUUGAUUUGUUUUGAAUUGGGGAAGGGUUGUCAAAAAAAAAGAAAACUCUGUUGGAAGCAUGAUAAAGUUUGUGUGCGUGUGUGUGUGUGUGAGAGAGAGAAAGAGAGUGUGUGUUUUCUCUCCCUGUUUUAUGAAGUAUAUUACCAUAAUUUAAUUUUGAUCAAACUAGAGCAGAUUUCACCCCACAAGCUGGCCAGAUCUACGGAGGGGGUCUUGCUAACCAUCUACCUUGCGUGGGGCAGAGGAGGGCGUUAGCAGUUGAGAUUUGCAAGUUCAGAGGCAAAAUUAGUGGGACCCCCCCCCCCCGACGUUGAAGACAGUCCCUACCUCUCAUCACCUCUCCCUGUCUUAAGGCUCAGAGACAGACCAUCUCGAAUAGAUUUGGCUCGACAAUAAAGGCAGAAGGAGACGCCAAAUACGGCUCCGCACGGCCGAGAGGAUGGGGUUCGGGGGUGUGAAUUUCACUGUCACUCAGACAAGGCUCCCCCCCUCCAGAUCAUUAACCACUCACCCACUGAUGAAAGUGGGCAGUAUUGAUGUUCCUGCCCUCUCACCAACUGGCACUCAGUGACCAGAGGGAACUACGUCCAUUGUUGGAAGUUUGUCCUAAUGGGAAUGGGAGAUGGGUGGGGGUACCUACUCUUCCAGUGGUCCACUAGCAGUUGUGGCCAAGGACAGGUAGGAAAUAAAAUGGCGGCAACUUUCCAUAAGACCAUAAGAUAUAGGAGCAGAAUUAGGCCAUUUGACCAAUUGAACCUGCUCUGCCAUUUCAUUUUCCCUCUCUGCCCCACUCUCCUGCCUUCUCCCUGUAUCCCUUCAUGCCUUGACCAACCAAGAAUCUAUCAACCUCUUAAGUACACGUAAAGACUUGGCCUCCCCAGCUGCCUGUAGCAAAGAAUCCCACAAUUUUUCCACUCUGGCUAAAGAAAUUCCUCCUCAUCUCCAUCCUAAAUAGACGUCCCUCCCUUCCGAGGCUGUAUCCUCUGGUCUUAGAUUCUCCCACAAUAGGAAACAUCCUGUCCACGUCCACUCUAUCGAGGCCCUUCAACAUUAGAUAGGUUUCAAUGAGGUCACCCCUCAUUCUUCUGAUUUGCUAUGAGCAGAGGCCCAGAGCCAUCAAAUGCACCUCAUAUGACGAGCCUUUCAAUCCCAGAAUCAUUUCCGCCAACAUCCCUUGAACCCUCUCCAGUGUCAGCAUGUCCUUCCUAGGGGGCCCAGGGAGCUGCACAGACCAACGGUUGCUCCGAGCAAGAAAUUUUUACACGGCCUGAAAUCUGUGCAGCGUAUGAUUGAAACAUUACUUAGAAGAAAGUUGCGGCUGCAUGGCAACGACGGCUAUGUGCGUGGGAGCAUUUCAGUUACUGCUCACCCGUGCAGCUUCGAGGGAACAGGGAAUGGUGGGCAGCAUAAAAUGUGCCACACUCGAGCCACAAGGUUCAAAUGCCUGCCCAGUUCGAUUUCAGCUCGACCAAGGGACCCACGAAGGUAGGGAGAUAGUCCGUCCAGAGUCACUUGUGCUACAAGCUCAAUACAAUCACAUCAAAGCUUUGUAUUCUAGUUCCAAAAUCCACCGAUUUUAAUAAAAGCAAGCUUUGGAAUUGGGUUGGCAUUGGUGACCGAGGAUGAACUUUAACCCCACACCUCACUCAUCUUGGUGAGAGGCAGUUGACAAGAAAAUAGACACCACCUGCUGUCUGGGGUAUUGGUUAACAAAAUACUUCCUCUGUCCCCUCCUGAAUUAUUUUUUGUUUUACAAAUAUACAGAAGUUUAUUCACUGACAAUAAUCAAAGGAUCACAAAAUCAUUAACAAGUACAAGUUGAAAUAUUGAUUUUUGUCUGCAAUUCCCUGGAGAGGGGGGUGCUGACCGUUCCCUGAUCUCUUCUUCCCCACCCCCUCCCCUCAAAUAGAGAUUGCAUGCUCUGGCAAGGACACCCGGGCAUGGAUGUAACCCUGGGAGAGGGGCAGGCUGUUGCCCUUUGACUGCCCACUGCCUAGACCCGUGAAUGGACAGCUUGGCCAGCCUUGGGUAGAUUUGCCCCCCCCCACCAUGCGUCUCAUACCCCCGCCAUACCGGAUGACCGUAGAUCAGGAGAGCGGGGUUGAAGUGCAGUCAGAACUUGAGGAGCAGGCCAGUCAAAAUGGCUGCCACAGCUUACACUCCGUAUGUACGUGAUAUACCGUCCCUUGAAAGGACAGGUGGGCCUGUUGCACAGAAGCACUCCACCCCAGCUCCCCAGCGUACGGGGGGGAAAAGACCCCUGCGUAAAGCGGCCUCCACUGGGCCGCCACAGUGUUACAAUUCCACAAGGGGAAGGAGUGGGUGGGAGCGGUUGUUGGUGUCAGCUUUUGCAUUCUCACCUCGUCAGCUCCCUCCUCUGAAGGUGCGGCAGCCAAGCCCCAUCAUUGGGAACAUCUGACUGAUGCCAAGUUUUACUCCUCCCUCCAAAGUAAGUAUUAACCCGUGGGUUUGCUUGGCUUCAGUACCCCCCCGCCCCCGCCCCCCAGAACGUCAGAAAAUGUACCUGUAUACCUCACCAUCAGCAAAAAAAAAACAUCUCACUGAACCACAUCUGGGCAGCUGGGUGCUAAUGUCCAAACCAAGAUGCUCAAAUGGAAGCUGGUUGAUGUAAAAAAACUUUUCUGGCUUAAAGUAUCAAAUGGGUUUGGCUCAGUGUCCUGUUACUGGGAGGUUCAAAGCCCCUCCCAGUUCUCUUGUUUGUUUUUGUUUUACCCGGUAAUAAACUUGUUUCAAACAGUGACAUAAAUGUAUUUUUUUAAAAACCAGGAUUCGAAAACCAGCAGCUGGUCAGACCGGUUUCUCUACGCAGGGGUGGCGAACAUGUGGUACGUGUGUCCAAAGUGGUAGACACAGGAGAGUUUUGUUGGCACAUGGUAUGCAGUGCUGCCCCUCAAACCCCAGGCGUAAUAAAAAGAUUCCUAAUGAUUAUUGCCAAAUGAGGCUGUGAUGGUUUCACAGGAAACAUCUCACGCCAGUGAGAAUGUGUGACGUUGAAUGAUAGGUUUUGAAAUCCUCGCUGACCUGGUGUAUGCAUUAGUAUUUGGAUCAUAAUUAGUUGUAAUAACCAUUCAUUCAUUUGUUAUGUGCUGUGUCAUAUGAUGUUGCCGAUCAUGGUCUUCCCACGACCAUGAUUGUUCAUGGCAAAUUUUUCCACAGAAGUGGUUUGCCAUUGCCUUCUUCUGGGCAGUGUCUUUCCAAGACGGGUGACCCCAGCCAUUAUCAAUACUCUUCAGAGAUUUUGUUUGCCUGGUGUCAGUGGUCACAUAACCAGGACUUGUAACACACAUCAAAGUUGCUGGUGAACGCAGCAGGCCAGGCAGCAUGUCUAGGAAGAGGUACAGUCGACGUUUCAGGCUGAGUCCCUUCGUCAGGACUAACUGAAGGAGGAGUUAGUACUAUACCCCCUGCCCAUCCUCUGGGUUUCCCCCCCC